UUGUGGCGGUCUCAGGGUGCGCCCUGCGCGGAGCUGCGUAACGAUCGCGGCAGAGCGCAUAGGAUGACUUCUCGGGUCAGGCCCGGCUACUACCGGCAGGACGUUAACAAAACCUCGUGGGAGGUACCGGAGCGGUACCGGGACCUGAGGCAGGUGGGGACGGGAGCCUACGGGACGGUCUGCUCAGCCAUGGACUCCAGGUCAGGAGCAAAGGUUGCCAUAAAGAAGCUCUACAGACCUUUCCAGUCUGAGAUCUUCGCAAAGCGAGCGUACAGGGAGCUGAGGCUUCUGAAACACAUGAAACACGAGAACGUCAUCGGCCUGUUGGAUGUGUUCACCGCAGACCUCUCGUUGGACAGAUUCCAUGAUUUUUAUCUGGUGAUGCCGUUCAUGGGGACGGACCUGGGGAAGCUGAUGAAGCUGCAGAGGCUGUCGGAGGAGAAGAUCCAGUAUUUGGUUUAUCAGAUACUCAAAGGGCUUAAGUAUAUCCAUUCUGCCGGGAUUAUUCACAGGGACCUCAAACCAGGAAAUCUUGCAAUCAACCAAGACUGUGAGCUCAAGAUCCUGGACUUUGGUUUGGCGCGGCAGGCGGACAGCGAGAUGACGGGAUACGUGGUGACUCGCUGGUACAGAGCCCCAGAGGUCAUCCUGAGCUGGAUGCACUACACUCAGACCGUGGACAUUUGGUCAGUGGGCUGCAUUAUGGCAGAGAUGCUGCAAGGAAAACCACUUUUCAAAGGCAGUGAUCAUCUAGAUCAGCUGAAUGAAAUCAUGAAGCUCACUGGAACACCAACUCAGGAAUUUAUGUCCAAACUUGAAUCUGAGGAUGCUAAAAACUACAUCAAAAGUCUGCCAAAAGUUGAAAAGAAAGACCUUCAGAAGGUGAUUUUCACCAGUAAUCCACAAGCCGUGUCCGUGCUGGAGCGCAUGCUUCUGCUGGAUCCAGAGAGACGGGUGACCGCUGCCGAGGCUCUCACGCUGCCCUACUUCUCUGAGUUUCGGGAACCGGAAGAGGAGACCGAGGCUCAGCCGUACGACCACUCGCUCGACAACACAGAUCUCACCUUGGAUCAGUGGAAACGUCACACUUUCACAGAGAUCUUAACCUUCAAGCCUAUUUUACCCGAUUCUAAGGAGACAUCAUUAUAAGACCCGGGACUGACUCCACAGCAGGGAACCAGAACAAACUACCACGCAUCUCCAUCAGGAGAACCUUUUUUAUCACGAGGCUUAAUGACUGUUCGACAUUUCUGCUGUGGCCGGGGCGAUGCGUUAUGUAUAAUCCAGAUUCUGAGUAUUUGGAGCGUUACAUUUUUUCACCUGCUCAAGAUUUAAUGUAUGCAACAUUAAACUUGCAUAGCAGGAAGCAGCUGUGUGGAAGCAAGAGUCUCUGCUAACAAACGGAGCCCAUAGUUUGAGAAACAGUUGGACAGACAUGGUGAUAUUUUUCCUGAAGUCACUCUGUGCUCACGCAGAGACGCCCCCCACCCCACACACACUCUCCACCACUCUCUUUCAGCUUUUGCUUGUAGUGGGGUCUCAAUCAGCCUCAAGCUCAGGAAGUGGAUUAAAGCUAAACUGGAUUGAGAUCAGGUGACUGACUCAGCCACGCGAGGAAAAUCUCUGAGAAUCUAACUUGACAAGGAUCUGCAUCCUGCAUGGAGGGGGGGGGCUUGACUUGCCAUGUAGCAAUAAAGAGGAUUUGUUAAAAAUCCGUCCCAUCGGAAUGGACCCCAUCGGUGCGUGUUUGGCGCUUUCGGGCUUUCUCGUCCACUUCUCUUGUCCCAUCAGCCGAGUUAAAAAGCAUUUAGUCUUUAACAUGACUGAAGUCACUUCUCCACACGUGAGCUCUGCCCACAUUGUUUCUCACAUUACUCUGAAGCUGCGAAUUAAAGUGGACUCUUUGCGCUGUAAUGUAGACGAGCUACACAGGAUGUGCGACUCUUCAAAUUCUCACAAUCUGGACUGCAUACAUGCUAACAUUCUCUGGGCCAAGAGCAAUCAGGGUAUUCUGUUUAAAAUAGGUUGUGUGACUUUUAAAAAAAUGUUUACUUUUCUGCCAGGGAAAGCGGUUUUGAAGGUAACCCAAUCCACGUAAAUACAAUAAUGUCUUUGAUUAACUAAGGUUAUUCUGUAAGAUGUAUAUAUUUUCUGAAUUCGUUCUAAAGCUUUGAUUAGACUCACUGUAGGUUUGUGUGUGUGUAUGUGUGUAGUCUCUUUGUUGGCUCUACCUUUGUGUUUUCUCCCAGUGGCCUUAAAGAUAAUGACCAAACACAAACACUGUUGAGCUGCCGAUCAAAUGAGACCCCGCGUGCAGGUUAAAGGCAGACGUUCGCGUUUGGAACUCAGCGGCAGAUGUUGCUCAUUCUGUUGGAUUAUGUGAAACAAAGUUUUGCACAGGACACAUUUCCUCAAGGGAUAACAAUAAAAAACCUUGCAUUAAACAUGCCAUUAAACAUCUUCUGUGCUGGAUGGGGCAUUGUCUUGAGUCCAGGUUGUGUGGCUAAAGCAAUAGAUUUCUAAACUAACACUAGGUGGCAGCAUGUAAACAACCAAGAACCAGUUGAAACAUCAGUUGAUCCAUCUUCGUGCCUCAUACCGAAGUAGCUGUGAGAA